AUGCAGCGGCAGCAGGAUGAUGACAUGGUGCACGCCGCAGCCAUCGUCUUGGCCGCCGCCGCUAGAGCCACCAGCACAGGCCUCCUGCGCCACCAGCAGCACCUCGACGACGACGACCACGCCAGUUGCGCCGCUGCGAAGAAGACGAGAUGGUGGUCGCGUCUGAAGGCGAAGCUCAAGUGGUUCCGGCCGCACGGCCACCCGCAGCGCAUCGCCGACGCGUCGCGGUCGCCGGAGCCGCCAGGCGCACCCUGCGCAGAGCAGGCGGCGGGCAGCUCUAGCAUCCACCACUAUGCGCGCCACGCGCCGCAGCCUGCGCUGGCCUUCGUGGCGCCGCCGUCGUCGCCCGCCUCGUCCGUGCUCACCUCGGAGUCGCCGUCGCCCGUGGUGCUCCUCAACGCCAACAACGCCAGCAGCAGCUACAGCUCACCCACGGCCUCCAUAUUCGCCAUCGGCCCCUACGCCAGGGAGCCGCAGCAGCUGGUGUCGCCGCCGGCCUUCUCCGCGUCCGCGGGCCUCACUGAGCCGUCCACCGCGCCGGUCACGCCCCCGCCGGAGUCCGGCCUCCACCUGCUAGCCACCACGCCGUCGUCGCCGGAGGUCCCCUUCGCCCGCUUCCUAUGGUCUUCCGCUGCGGCAGACCAGCAGCAGCACUGCUCGGGAGGCGGCAUGGUCACCGAGGGCUUCCUCCACGCCUACCAGUUGCAGCCGGGGAGCCCCGUCCUCGUGUCCCCGGGAUCGACCUCCUCGUCGCCGCCACCAUGGAACAUGCAGCAGCAGCACUGGGUGGGAACGCACAGUGAUGGUGGGCGCAUCCCCAUCAAGGACGAGUCAAAUGAUGAUGAGGCGGCCACUGGCGGGGGCGAGUUUGUGUUCGGCAGUAACGCGGAUGCGGCGGCCGGCGAGCGGUUUGCCGGUGGUGAGGUCGGCGCCGGUGGAGACGCGACUGAGCAGUGGCCUUUCCUCCUUGCUCAUACUCAUAGUUGA